ACAAGUGGCAGCACGAACUGAGUCUCUGGCUCCCGGAUAAUUGGAUCUCGAGCUUUGGAACUCGGUGGUGGAACAGAACGCGCAGUGAGGAGUCAAUCUGAACAUGUGCUUGCAGAGCGGGCGUUAGAUGGCCACUUGAGAUGGAGAGGGGCGGUGCUGCUGGUAAAGGCAAAAUCUGCCGGGCCGUGGAGCGUUGCAACAGCACCGCUCACCCCAAUGAACUUCUCCUCGAUGAAUACUUGAGGACUCAGGGUCUGUAUCGAAGGAGAAUUGCUAAGGAUGGAUCUUGUCUCUUCAGAGCUGUUUCUGAACAGGUAUUCUACACACAGUCUAAACAUCUUGAAGUGAGGAGAGCUUGUGUUUCUUACCUGAGGAGGAACCGUGAUAAGUUUGAAGCGUUCAUCGAAGGAUCAUUUGAUGAAUAUUUAAAACAUCUUGAAAAACCACAGGAAUGGGUUGGACAAGUGGAAAUCAGUGCUCUUUCACUCCUGUACAAACGAGAUUUUAUAAUUUACCAGGAACCAAAUAAACCUCCUGCCCGUGUUACUGAAAAUGGGUUCUCUGACACAAUCAUUUUAUGCUUUUCAAAUGGAAAUCAUUAUGAUAGUGUCUAUCCCAAGACAUUUGUGGAUGCUGCAGCCAUUUGCCAGUCCAUUUUGUAUGAAAUGCUUUACGAGAAUGUAUUCAAGGUUGCUGUUCAUGCAAUAAUGCCUGCAGUGCUGGAUGCAAACGGUGAAAUCAAUGAGGAACACUUCACUGGCAGUGAAAAUUCAGAUUCUGAUCCAGAAAUAGAAAUGUUUGGGGGCAAAACUGCCAAUGAGCGUGAUGAGACUGGAUCCAAGGCCCAAACAUGUGAUAAAGCCCUAAGGAAACACCAAAUGAAAAGUGAAAGUUCGACUCAUGUGACCCUUCCAAGAAAGGUCCUCCAAGCAUUCAACCCAAAUGUUUAUAGAAAUAUUGAAUAUGAAGUUUGGCAGAAAAUCGAACAAGCACAGCAGAAGAAAGAUUAUUCUAUUGCUGCUGGAAUGCAGUACGCUGUUGGAGACAAAUGUAAGGUCGUACUGGAUGAUGGUAAAUAUUACAAUGCUCAUAUUCAGGCAGUCGAUCCUGAUAAUGGACCAGUUGUUGUCUAUGUAGAAGAACUAGGAGAAAAAUACAGUGCCUCUCUGCAGAAUCUUAGGCCACUUUCACAGAUUUCUCGAGGUUCAAGCUGGAACAGAGUUCAGGGGAAAAGAGCUAAGAAGCCAAUGAACAUCAACUCUGAAGCUGACUUCAAGGGAGUGAAGAAUUCAGGCAGUUUUGUAAGCAAACCAAGUCGAUUACAGUCAAGCCUACCGCCACGUCUCCAGCAAACAAUGGGUCCCAAGCAGCAGCACUCUACACAUCAGUCCCCAGGCCAACAACCCAAAAAAUCAUCAGCUGAGAAUGUAGGACGAGAUGAAGACUUUCCCCAACUUUCAAAAAAGUAUGAUCGAAAUUUGGUAUUGAACCACACAAAUGCAGAAUGUCAACACCUUGCUUCAUCAGUGAAGGUGGAGCCAGAUGCUAAUCAGGCUCAAUCCCCAAAUAAAAUGCAACUGAAAGUUGAGCAACCCCUUCCUGCACCUCAUAAUCCAUUGGAGAUUCCCCCUUGCCCCACAGUGCAAAGAAUGGAUCCUGUCCUUCAGUCAGAUCUGAGCUUGUCAUAUCUUCCUUCAUCAGCACCAUCAUUAACUUCACCAGUGCUUUCAGUGCAUUCAUCUGAGUCAGUCACUUGCCAAUCAGCAGAGUGUUUGACACAGACAGUCGUUUCAACAUUUUCUUCAUCUUCAGUGAUGUCCAGUCAGACAAUGUCACAGGCUCAAGUGACCGCAGCAUUUAUUACCCCACUUUCUCCACCUAUGCAUGGGGCUAAUCUCCCACCAAUGCCUGCAUCUCAAAUCACAAGCUGUUGUGAUGAUCUCUUGUACCCCGGGUUUGCUGUGAAUGAAAAGGGAGAGUACCUCACCAGUGCACCUGUGUUUUCAUACAACAAAAAUGGAGCGGAUCUUCCAAGUGAUAAAAGCAUUGUACGCUUUUUCUACAAUCUUGGUGUUAAGGCUUACAGUUUACCAUUGUGGGCACCAUAUUCAUAUCUAUAUCCACUGAACCAAGCUUAUUUGAAAAGUUGUGGAAUCUAUCCAAGGAGCCCUGCAGCAGUAUUUCACCCAAAUCCUUGGUUCCAUGCGACUGCUGGGCUAAUGCAUAGUGAGAAUGUUAUGAGUCCACCCCACUUAUCCAGUUCUGCAGAGACCAAUGCUCCUGAUCAUUCAGUACAAAGAGAUGCCAGUGAUAUUGGUAGCCAUUCACCAUUGUCACAAACUGCUGCACCACUUCUACCUCACAAAAGCAAACCUGUGCUAGACACACCGAUCCAUGAACAGUCACCUCAAAACUUUAAUCCCUUUUUUCCAAGGUAUUUUCACAAUUUGAUAUCGGAUGGAACCCAACAUUCUGGCUGGAGAACACCCGCAUCACAGGCAUUAUUUAACCAGCAUGCACAAAUGCAUUCUUUCAGUUUUCAUCCAAUGUACAUGGCUCUGCCGAGUCAUGUAUUUCCAUUGCAGAUAAAUAGUGGGAGCUCUGCUUGUCAAAAUGAUCAGAAGGUCGGUGCAUCAGAUCUAGUUGAACCGAUGUCAGGCAACACACAAAGUUAUGAAAUAGAAGAGGUGGGGAGACAGCCAAAACUAUUGACCAGUGCUGAAGAGGGCAAGCUGACUAAGACUCAGCCUGUCAUUUUUGAAGAUUCUGAAUUAUUGGUAAAAUCUGGUGGUGGGAUUGGUGAUACAUGCCCCUUGGUUGAGGAACAAUCAAUCUCCAGCCCUGGUGAAGGAUCUGCAAAGCAACAUUCAGCCCUCAGAAGGGAUAAAGAAUCCAUAUUGAUAGAAAAGCUAAAUCCAGCACCUGAUAGUGGGCUUUCUUGUGUGGAUACACAGUAUAUUGAGGCGCUCAAAGUUGCUGGAGCUGAUGCAAAUGAAUUCAAAUUUGCUAGUCAAUGUUUUGAGGCAAGAUCCAGAAAAGACUUAACUUUUCAGUGCAUUAGUGAAUCGAAUGUUGAUACUGUGGCACGUGGUGUAGAAGUCAUCCUUUUGGAUCAUACCUCUGAGAAUAAUUACAAAAUGCCUGUCGUAAUAAAUAAUAACAAACCUGUGCAUUUUAAUAGUCAGACUUUGGGAAAGGGAAGACACUGUAUAAAAGAAGAUAGUUCUUCAGAAAGGACCGUGUAUCAAUGUUCUCCUUAUGUGCGCAAGAAAGGAGAAAAAGAAAUGAGCAGGAAAAAAUGCCAAGGAAAAUCUUGGGUAUCAAAAACUACAUGUUGCCUACCUGAUAGCCAUGUUAGCAGUAGGGAUGCAGCAGAUAGCAUUAAAAGUGAGACCAAGUCACCAAUUAAAGAUGGCAGUGUUCAGAGUGUAAACAAUGUUGCACAGAAUUCUGAAAUACCUGUAGAUCUUGGUACUGACAGGCAUGAAAGCAAAAAUGAAAAAAAACAAGAAAAAGUGAAAAACCAAAAGUUUUCUAUGCGUCAAAAUAGACUGGAUGAAGAAACUGGUCUUGGAAACAGGAGAAAACAUGAUGUAAAGGAAUUUCAGAAUUGGAUGGUUGUUGAAAAUGCCAGUGGAUUGUCAUUUGAAGGAAAACGCAAUGGUUUUAAAAAGCAGAGACAUAGAGAGGGUGGGAAACCCUGUCCUGCUGUACGAAAAUGCUAACUGCGUAAAUUUUGGAAAGCAGUGACUGACAGAAAGAGAACCAUUACACUUAAAUUGAUCUUACAACUGUUUUUGCAAGAAUUUAAACACUUGUUUUACAGCAGUUGCAGAAUUGAUAGAAUAUUAAAGCAAGUAGGGAGGCCAUUUGGCCCGUUGUGCCUCUUCUGUUUGAUAGUUGUCCAGUUUAUUCCCAUACCCAAGGCUUUUUGUUGUAACCUUGAAAAUAAGCCCUCAUCAUGUAUAUGCCCAAACGCAUUUUGAAAACUCCCGUGGAAUAAUUCUAGCAUCGUCAGAUGUUGUGGUUCUAGUUCAUAAUUUACAUGAAAAGAAAACUUCCCAGUUCUUCGUCAGUUAAUUUAAAUUUUACCUCUGGGUACUGAGCUACUCUCUAGACUAACCAGUUUGACACUUUUUCCUCUAUCAAACACCACCUCAUAAUUUUGGAAUUCUGUGUUAGGUCUCCCCAUAUUGGAAGCACAUUAUUCAUGGGAUCCGUCAAGAAUUGAUUGUUGAUGCUUCAGCUUCUCCAUAUUUAUUAAUUACUUAGAUUGCUUGAGAGGGCCAAAGACACAGAUUUACCAAUGAGAGUAGCCAAUGAUAAAAACGUAAAAUAACAAAGACACAUUGAUGGAUUCUGUAAGCGAAUGAGAUGUGGUCAGUGGAUUACAUUUCAAUUCAGUGUAGGAUCAUCUAUUGUGGUUCAUAACGGAUAGAUCUAAAUAAUAUUUACAGAGUAUAAAGUGAGGUCCAAAGUGAUUUAGGCUUCUAUGGAUCACUAUGUAAAGGAUAAAAUAAAUUGGUGACUAAUGAAACGUUACAGUACUAGAAUGUGAAAGGAACAAUGUUUUACUGCACUACAGCUGCACAAAAACCUAGCUAAACUACAUUUAGAGAAUGUGGAUAGGAGUCUGGAGCAGUGGUAGGCAGUAUGGCCCCCAAGUCUGUUUUACAAUUUGAUCUACAAGGCCUUAACUAAUCAGAAUAUGGCCUCAACUCUACUUUCCAAUCCAAGCCCUUUGAUCCCUUUAACAGUCAAUAAUUUAUCUAGCUGAGCCUUAAAUAUAUUCAAUGCCAUGCCUCUCUCAGGAAGAGAAUUCCACACAAUCUAUCUGCCUUCUGAGAAACAAAAAAAAAUUCUUUUGAUCUUCACCUUAUAUGGAAGAAGUCUUAUUUUUGAACUGUGCUCCCUAAUGUUAGUUUCUUCCAUCUGGAGUAACAUCUUUGCAGCAUCCACCUUGUCAAAUCCCCUCGGGAACUUGCUUCAAUAAGAUCACUCCUAUUCUUAGAACUCCAAUUUCUUUUGAGGCCGAACAUAACUUGACAAUCUUUGCAUUACUGGAAAUCAGGUAAGUGAACUUUCCCUGCAUUUCUUAUAUUGUAGUGAUUUCUUAAAUAGGGAGAGCAAAACCAAGCUCCAGAUGUGGUCUUACUAUUGCCCAAUACAAUGCUGGCAAACUUCCCCACUUAAAUAUUCCUUUCCACUUGCAAUAAGCUACAAAAUUUCAUUUGCUUUCCUAGUCACUUGAUGUACCUCCUUACUAAUUUUGUAAGUCAUGUACCAGGGCACUCAAAUUCCUCAAUACUGUAAUGUUGCCGUCUCUCCAUUUAAACAACCUACUAUUUUCCUUCCAGCCAAAGUGGACAAGUUUACAUUUUCCCCCAUUACACUCUAACUGCCAAAAUUUCUGCACACUCAUUUAUCCUUUCUAUAUCCAUUUACGGAGUCCUUGCGUCUUCCUCCUUGUUUGUGUCAUCAGCAAACUGAGCAACUAUACAUUGGAUUGCUUCAUCCAAGUCAAUGAUAUAGAUUGUAAGUAGUUGCAGUAAUUACCAAAACUCAUCCCUGCGGCGCUCCACUGAUUACAUUUAGCUAAUCUUAAAAUGACCCAUUUAUUCCUGCUUUCUUUUUCCUGUUUGCUAAUCAGCCCUUUCUGUGUCUUAAUAAGCUAUGAGCUCAUUUGAAGGGUCUAGGCCUGAAACGUCAGCUUUUGUGCUCCUGAGAUGCUGCUGGGCCUACUGUGUUCAUCCAGCCUCACAUUUUAUUAGCUCAUUUUUGUAGUAGCCUUUGAUGUGGAAUUUUGUCAAGUAUGUUGUGGAAAGUCAAGUACAAAGUAUCUACUGGUUCCCCUUUUAUGCACAUACUAUUACAUCCUUAAAGACUAUAACAAAUGAGUCAAACACCACUUCCCUUGCAAAACAACACUAACUCUGCCUGAUUGCAUUAAAAUUUUCUAAGUGGUUUAUCAGAACGUCCUUAAUAGAUUCCAGUAUUUUCUCCAUGAUAGAUAUUAAGCUAACUGACCCAUAGAUCCUGCUACUGUUUCGCUCCUUUCUUGAAUAGAGUUCCAUUCGCUUUUUUUCCCUUAGCUGAUGGAACCUUUCCAGAACCAAGGUAAUAUGGUAUACCAAAACCAUGUAUGUACUCCUUUCCCUGUUGAAUUAUAAUUGUUUUAAGUUUCUCCCUGUCUUCCACAUGAUUUAUGCUUUUUUUCUGGCAUGUUAUUUUGCCUUUUAACUGAAGACCCUCAAAUAAUUGCUGUUUCCUUAUUUCCCAUGAUUAUUUCCUGACUUACACUUUUGACAACCAACACUCAUUCACUUUUUCAUUUCUUAAACAAUCCCUGUAGCAACUCACAGUAUCUCUUUGUCUUCAGUUUGCUGCUUUUUAUUCAUAUAAUCUUGUGACCUGUCAGUAAACUUCGUGAAAUUUACACUUCAUUUCAGUGCAGUCCUAUUUUUAACUUCUUUAGUCACAAAUGGUGACUAUCUUUUUGUUGCUUUCUCAAGUCUCUUUGCUCAGUGCUGUGAAGUAUCUCCUUAUCUUCCAUUUAACCUACUACCUAAUUCACUUUAACCAGCUCUGUCCUCGUACCUUUACAAUUAUCUCUCUUUAAUAUUAAAACACUAAGAUUAGUCCCAAUCUUCUCACCUGCAAAUUCAAUAAUGCUAUGAUCACUGCUACUUGUGGACCCCCUUUUAUUAUGAGAUCAUUAAGUAAUCAUGUCUCAUUGCACUAUACCUUGCCUCGAAAAGGCUGCAGUCUGGCUGUGAAAGUGCUGCUCUAAGAGGUUCAUCUUACAGGCUAUCUUUGUCAACAGUAUUCAUUUAAUCUACUUCCAGAUUAAAAUUGCCCGUGAUUAUUACUGUCAUUUCUCGCAAACAACAUUCCCUAUAAGCUGCAUUGCUGUGCAGUUGUUCCAGCCAUCCAUUUGUCGAUUGAUGUACCAGCACAAUUCCAAACUGUCACUUCUGGAUUUCGGAGUUGUUAAUGCAUAACACAGGUCCGUGCAGAAAAAAAAAUUAACAGUUGUAGCUCUCAAACCUCAUUAACAUUUCCUAUUCACUCCAUCUCAAUGACUUAGUAUUGCUAUUUUAUAUCCCCAUCUAAACUGAGGUCAUCUUUCAGCAAUAUACUGAUGUCACCUUUAAUUAUCAGAACUACACUAUUACAUCUUUUGAGUUUCAUGUCUUCUGAAAUGUCAUAGAACCUUGAAUUUUCAGAUCCUGGGCUUCUUCAUAUUGCAGUCAUUUCUCUGUCAAGGCUAUCAGAUUGUACAUAUUUAUUUAUAUUUGAACAGACCACUGAUUUUUCGCCAUGUACCCCCUUCUCUUGUAUUUUGUCCGUCUUGGUAUGAUUUUUCUAUUUCCCUCUGUGCAGUCUGUACGUUGCCCAGUUUUUGACUGCAUUUAUAUCAGAUAUUGUCCUAAACCUCUCAUCAGUUUUAUUUUGGUCUGUCUUACUUCUGUCAUCUAAAUGCCCCAUGUUUUCCCCCUUACUGGUUUACUGAUCUAUUCUUGUACAGUUUUUCUAGCUUUUGGUAAUAAUGAUAUUGUUAAAAGAAUUUAAGAUAAUAUUGACAACAGGAAAAAGGGCUUGUCAGUGUGUUAGCGGGAAGGAUAUACAGAUGAGACACAUAACUCAACCCUUUGGAUUUGGAGUAUAGAUGCAUUGCAUUUUUAUCUUUAGAUCAAAAGACAUGGUAGUCAAAGGUUAUAGUGAAAUCUGUUGCUGCCGUAAUGAUAGACCUCUUUCUUCUCCCAGUAAUGACUCCAACAUUCUAUUGUGAGGAAAGAAAAAGUUAAACUGAGAGCUUAAGUCUUUUUUUGCUUAUUUGUAUAGAUGGUUUUCUUAAAUAUUGAAGAGCAACAUCAUUUUUUAAAAAACUUCACAGCAACACAGAACUAUGGCCAGGAAUAGUUUUUGCCAUAACAGGAAUCCUUAAGUUUAUUUUUCAACAUCAGACACUUGAAGGACAAUUUAAUAACGUGAUAUAUUGUUUACAACCUGUAUACUGAAUAGAUUAACUUACUUUCACUUUGUUUGACACAAACAAUGCUGCAGAAACUCAGCAGGUCCGGGAGCACCUGCAGAAAGAGAAGCUGAAUUACCAUUUCAAGUCCAAAGAAGUCCUAUUGGAUUCAAAGAGAGUUUCUCUCUCCACAGAUGCUGCCAGACUUGCUUGUUUCUCCAGCAUUGUUUAAGAUUCCCAGCAUCUUGCUUUUAUUCACAUUGUUUGGCUUGUUACAGUUACUGUACUUUGCAUGUUACUCUGUUAUAAUCAAUUCUGGAGUCAAUUAUAGUUCUAGUUUCAAAAUUAAUUCUGGUCUGUAUUGCUAAUUUUCACAAUUGGUGUACAUAUCCGGAAUAGGCAGAAAUGGAAGAGCCUGUUUUAUACAGUUGACUUCCAUUAAACUGUCAAUAUAAACUGUGAGAAAGAGAAUAGUUUGAGAGCUUUAGGAUUUAAUCCUGUGACCACUGACCAGGUAAAAUCUGGACCCAAAUUUAUUAUUGGUAAAAGCUUUUAGCACAACAAAAUUCUCCUUUUACACGAAUACAGAAUACCUAACAUCCGAUAGAGAGAAAUCAUAGACAGUGUCCCUUUAAACAAGAUUUGUACAAUAUAUUGCUUGUGGUUCAAGUAAACUUUUUAUUGCUCAUACUUUUGAAUCCUGUUCCCUCCUAUUGCAACUGUUUUAAUUUAUCACUUUAAACAACAUUCAAAUGUGUUGUUUUUUUUGCAACAAGUGGAGAUUUGUGGUAACAAUUGUACAAUUUCUCAAAUGGUUUUGCUUGGGUGACCACCAUUCUUCUCAAGUACUACUUUCUGCCUUUGCAUUGGCCUGCCGACAACUACCUCAGAUAACUUAGUACUGUUUAGUUUUGCUUUCUCUCUAAUAUUUACGUUGAAUGUUUUAUAUUUCUCUGAUCAAUGCCCACAAGAUUUGUUGAUAUGUAAGCAGUUCAUAUUUUUAAUCUGUCUUGAUCUGACAUCCUAUGAGGAGUGCUUCUGUAUUUCAAUCAUAUUUGAACAUAUAUGCCAUUGAGUUUUAGUAGCAGUUACUGCAGUACUUUGGUUAUAUUCUUCCAUAUAUAAAGCUUAAACUAAUGAGGAAAGAAUGACUUUGGUUUUGGUUUGGUUUGUUAAAAACAUAGUCUAAUCAUUUGGAUGACGUUCAGUCUCGUGUAUAAAACUCAGCUUAUCUUUAUGAUACAUUGUCACUAGGUUUUUUUUGUUUGACUUUGUUUUAUAAAUGGUUUUGAUCUCUGCUCAGAUCUAAACUUAUUAGGAACAGAUUGUGUACAGUGAAAUGGGGAAAAAACCCAACAGGUCAAAGCAGCAGGACAAUGAUUCAAAAGGGUAGGUCCAACAUUGAUCUUGGAAGACAACAUUUGUCAUUUAAUGGUAGACUUAAAGACGUGAUCAUUUUGUGUACAGCAUAUGGAACACCCAUAUUUCCUGUAAAACACACUUGUUGGUCUUCAAGCUUUUGAGAAACUGCAACAGAUAUAAUACCGCAUUAUAUGUAGACAGUGCUGUGACUUCCAUUGACUUGAAUGAUGUAGUUGAUGAUGGGAAAAGUUUGAGUUUUAAAGAGUUAAGUGAUUUAUCACUGAUUUUUCAGUGCAGCCACUGGGCAAGAUUGUUGUACUUAAUCAGCAAAAACAACCUUAAUUUGGAAGUAUAUAUUUGGCUAAUCAUAAUGAACAUUUUAAAAUUGAAAAUUCUAUGUAAAGCAAUCAAUCAACUUUUUUUUUUGCUUAGAGAUGGGCCUUUAUUCUAUUUCUUUUGACAAAUAUUCAUAAACAGGUUUGACUGCAGCUUUUCACUAUGCUGUGUAAUUUGUAUACUCUUAUGGGAUACUGUACAAUGUAACUGAAGACGUUUAUGGCACAAACAGCCCUUUGGAAUAACUGUAUCUAUACCAUUUCUACAACAACCUGUAAGUGUUCAACUACACUAUGCUCUCUCGUAGCCAUGAAUCAUCUGGUAGAGACUGCAAUAGCUUUAAAUUUAAAGCUGUUAUGUUCCCAAGUAAUAGUUUCAAUUGAACCCAUUCUAAAUAUUGACUUUACAUUGUGACGUAUUGAAAAUAAAAAAAAAUCCUUUUCUUAAUUACAAGUUGUUAAUAGUAGAAAAAUGCUGGACUGUCAGAGCAGAGAACUAGGUAAUUUGAUCAGUGAUCAGUUUUGCAGAUCAUCAAGGAAGAAGAGAUGGAGACUUUAGGGAUGGAUUUCCAGAACUUGAGGCAUUGCACUUGAAGGGAUACUUUCAGGUACACAUUUUUUAAGGUUGUUGGACUGGCAAUUAGAGAUGGGGCAAUGCCAUGAAGAGAUCUGAAAAUUAAGAUGAGAAUUUCAAAACAAAAGGUGUUGCUUAACUAGAUGUCAAUGUAACUAGUUUACAAUAAAUGUUGUAGCCUCUUUACUGAAAAGUGAUUUGAAGUUAACUUGCUAAUUUUGUUACAUAUCUUUACAGGGAUUAUAUACUGCAGUGGCACUUGUUAAAAAUAAUCAGGGAAACAUUCACAACAGUCAUGAGACAGUGAGGUGUUCUAAUUAUGAUUAUGCAAUAAGACUAUUAUUGGAACAUGAGUGUCCAAAUUAGAUGUGUUAAAUCAUUUCUCAUACUUGAGAAUGUUUUACUGUGUAAUGGGAUGCAAUUAAUAUGAACUAGACUGGACUGUUUAUUUUGUUGUAAAGUUUAACUUUUGUUUUUUUUUUCCAGUGUGUAGUUCUUUAACUGCUCUACUGCUCCCUAUCUACAUGUUGGGCCUCAAUGUCAUACUUAUUUCAGGGUGUAGAAAGUGACUCACUGCAUAAGACAAAAUCCCACUGGAGAUAAGCAAAGGAAAUUAAACAAAUAGAAAUUGAUUAAGCAGUGACCAUGGUUGCUUGCAGCUUUGUCUCUGACCCACAAAUAGGUGGGAGGUGGCACAGUUUAGUGACCAAGGUGUGAAAUACAUUUUGUAUUGGCAUAGCUGCAUUCCUUAAAAAUCUGGGUUGGGAAAAGAACUUCCUUUCCCCCUCCCUCCGUCCUACUUGUAAUUUGGGUUUCUACCAGUUGCGGUGCAAAGUUGUCUGUACUUUAUUACAUACUACUCACAUCAGUUUCCUAUUGACAACUGACUUCCAGCAAGUCACAAUGUCCUUGAAGGACAGAGGCAACACACUUUAUACCAUGUACAAGAGAUGUCCUAAAAUUACUGAAUCCCUUCUUUUGGAUAGGUUUCCUUUAUGAAUUCAAAUAAAAAAAAAACAAAACCUUAACCUUUACCUUUAAUUGUACUCCAAAUAUAGAUUUUCCAUUGUGUAAUUAGUAUUAUUCCAUCUUUUUGCACAUUAUAGCCAAAAAAAGAAACAAAGUAUACCAUCCUUGAUUUGAUAUGAUUUAAUAUUGUUAAUAGGACACCGUUAUUGUCAAAAACAGCUGUAAAAAUAAAGCACAAUUGCUGUUUCCACUUGUGGUAUAAUUAAUAAACCAAAACACCUCUGGUCACCCUUUUAAAGGAACAUGGUUGUUUUGACCAAUUCAAUGAAUUUCUACCUUGUCAGCCUCAAACUGGCAAUUUUACAUCACAGCCACAAAUAAAUAAAUGUACAUGUGAUAAAACCACAGUUUUCAGCAUCAUACACCAAUUACUUAGAAAUAUUAAGGGGAAAAUGAACAUUUUCAAGUUCCGAACUGCUGUGUAGUUGUUGAUUGCCCUGUAAAAGACAGUCUGUCAGUUUUCAUUCUGAAUGAAUAUGGUAAUGAGGAUUCACAAGUUUGGCUCUGAAAAAUUGAAAGUUUAAUCAUCCAAGAAAAAGUAGUUUCCACUCUUCUUCUGCUCCACAUCCUGUUAAAGGCAAGGGGAUAAGUCAUAAGUAAAAUCCUGGAAAAAGCUUUAAUGUUUGCUUUCUCAAACUACUAAAAAAAAAUCAAAAAGGAGAAUUAAACGAUGCUGAAGUUUUUUUUUGAGAGUAGCCAUUAGUUAAAUCAUCUCCUCCUGCUCUGCUUGCCUGCUUUAAAGGAAGAGCUUAGUGCCUGCACAUUAUCCUAAACAAGUUAUAAAUAUACUGUGUUUAAUGCUAUAAUACAAGUGCUGAAUUAAACUCCAAAUAUGUUUUCAUACAGCACGGCAAGGUAAACCUCCUUUUACUCUUCAAUUUUCUCAAUGUUUUUUAUUUGUAAUUAUUAACUUUUUCACUUCAGGUAUUUUCUGCAAAUUUUAAACUCAUGUAUGUACCUGGAAGCUUUAAAGUCAAUUGGUAUUUAAGACUUACUUUGUGGUACAAGGGAGCUUGAAUAAAUGUGAAUUAUAUUUAUCAAUAUUGUCAUGAUGUUUUUGUAUUUUCCAUUAGUGCAUGCUGGUUUUAUUCAUCAUGAAUAUAUACAGAAACCUUUGCUCACCUUAAUAGAGUUCAUUUUAUUAAUCCUUGGUCUAUAGUUGUUUGGAUCUCUUCGGAAGGUGAUUUCCAGCUGAGAUAAGAAUUUGUUCAUUCCAGCAAGCAGUGUCUGUGGACUUGAAUUGUUUAAA